CGGCAACUGGUACAUCAUCUUACUCUCUUCUCAUCUUUCUGCUUCUGCCCCCCGAAAAGGCGAUGGCUUCUGCGUCAGAGAUAGUGAAAAGAUUGAAUCUUCAGCCGCACCCAGAAGGUGGUUUCUUCGCUGAAACCUUUAGGGACACUUCCGUCACGCUCUCCACCUCUCACCUUCCCUCUACCUAUAAGGUUGAUCGUCCUGUGAGCACCUCUAUUUACUUCUUGCUUCCUUCUGGAUGUGUGUCUGCGCUUCAUCGAAUCCCAUGUGCAGAGACCUGGCAUUUUUAUCUGGGAGAACCUAUGACGGUAUUCGAACUGAGUGAAGAUGGGAAUAUCAAACUAACCUGCAUUGGACCUGAUCUUAUUGGCGAUCAACAACCGCAAUAUACUGUGCCUCCAAACGUCUGGUUUGGUGCAUUUCCAACAAAAGACUACACUAUCUCCCCCGAUGGUUCAGUUGUGAAGAAUGAGCCAAGGGACAAAGAGAGUCACUACUCCUUGGUAGGUUGCACUUGUGCACCCGCUUUUCAGUUUCAGGACUUCGAGAUGGCAAAGCGAUCUGAGCUUGUUUCAAAAUUCCCUCAGCACGAGUCUUUCAUCUCUUUACUCACGUAUGGCAGCGAAUGAUGCAUCUCCCUCAGUUCCUAGAACUAAAGAAGGGAAAAGAGUUCUGACAAUGAGACCAACUGGGUUCACUUCCAUAUAUAGCUUUGCUGAAGAUAAUAAUCGGAGGGAAUAUCUAUAGCUUCUAGCCUUGUGAAGUUUUCCAACAUGGUAAUGUAAUGCUAAGAUUGGGAGCUUUCUGUAUCUGUAUUUACAAAUGGAUGUUUUAUUCCAUUCUCUGUACCUAGAAACUUCUCUUCAAAGUUUACAACUUUUAUUAAUAGCAAAAUGGUCGCCGGCGUUUCUCUGAUUCUCAUAAAAACCACUGGCAAUGGAACCAGUGGCAAAAAGUGGAACACCCUUGCACGUUGCUUAUGCAAUUGGCUACUGUGCUAUUCCAAAAUGAAAAUGAAAAAGUGGAAACGAAAGACAUUGCUUAGCAGUGCAUCUGCAUCUCCUGUCUCCAAAAUUGAUCAGCACUUAGCUGGGAGGAGGCACACACGAGAAGCUGUUAGUUACUUAUAUCUCCAGGACUAUAUCUGCAUGGAAUCACGAAAGAAACAGAUAGUGCAAAA